CUCAAUCCCCUAAUCUACCAAAAAUCCCCAAUACAACGUCAAAUCCCAGAGAUAAAAUAAACCUCUCAACCAAAUAUUCUUGCAUAUAUGGUAUUAUAUUUAUUAAUAUAUAUCUUGUACGAACCCGUCAAUGCACAUCUAUGACUAUUCACUUUUUGUUCUUUUUGUUUGACUCAAAUAAAAUUAAAAAUUUCCUUCUUCUGAAACGCCCUUUCAGUUUCUUCGCUCUUCAGUUUUCUUCUUUUGGAUCUAGAAUUUUCCUGAAUCUCUCCAAUUUGAUUGUUAGGUAAGAGGGGUCCAGAUUCCAUAAGCAUUUUUUUGUUGUCUCUGUUUGGUGGUCAAUUGAGCUUUUCUGGGUUCUCUUAGCAUCUGAUUCAGUACUGUGUUUGGGAUUUGAAGUGGUUCAGAGAAAAUCCAAAUGGGUUUUGAAUUUGAUUGAUGGGUUUAUCUGGGUUUCUCAAAUUACAGAUUCUAAAGUUAGGAAAUGACUUUUGGUCAAUGAAAUGGGUUUUAGGGGUUUUGACCUUUUAGUUCAUCUUCUCUGUUGGGAUUCCAAUUUUGAGGUCAAGAUUAUGGGUUUACUCAAUCAGAUUUAAUUUUGAGAUUCCGUGUUGACUGAGAAAUUUCAUCGGUGGACUUUGAUCAAUGGACUCUCCACUGUUCUUCAUCAUCUGCAUUCUCCAUUCUCUGGUUGCUCUUGUUUGUGGGGGAUUAAUGAUGUUCUACACCAAUGAAGCCUCUGUGUUUGGCCAUGGCAUUGAGAUUGCUAGCAAGCUCAAAGGAUCAACCCCCCAUGAUCAACUCCUGAUUCAAAUCUCAGAAUCAUUUUCUGGGUUGCUUUUGAUUUCAAUUGGAUUUGUUUUGUUCAUGGUGUCAUUUGUCAAGGAUAGAGAGUUCCAAACUUACUUUGCUAAAGGUUGUAUUCUGCUCCAUGUUUCCAUGGCUGUGUGGAGAGUUUGCUUUGAAGGAAAGCUUGAAGAUCUUGCCUAUGAAUGGCCUAGGCAGGUUGCUGGGGAUAUCACAUUGGCUUUUUCUUGGAUUUUCUUUAUUGUAUACUCAUGGAGGGAGAAAUAUGAUUAAGUAAUCAAGUGAAGAAAAAAUGAACUGGGGAUUUUCCAGAGAAAAUCUUUUGUUGGGGGGGAAGUUGAUGAUACUCUUUUGGGUACUGGUGAAUGAAUUUGAACUGUUCAUGGUGGUGACUUCUAGGUUUGGAGGGGUUCUACUCCAUGAACUGUAAGAAAUAUUUGCAGAGAAGAAAAUAAGGGGGAUUUAGCAUGAUUUUUCUUGGUAAAUCUUGUUUGGGGUCUCGGAAAAUUUGUGGAAAUGAACUCCAAAGUUGUUGUCUUUCUUGCAUUGAGGAGGAUCUAAAUGUAAUUUAAGUUGUCUGAGAUUCCAGUUCUUGUAAUGCCAAAUUGUAAAUACUUCUUCUUGUUCAUCUUGUAAUGAAAAGUGUUUUCU